AUGCCUCCCGUCAGAGAGGUGGGGAUCGGCCCGGUGGGCCGUCACUGCCGACUCAGCACCAGGGGGCAGCGCUCCAAGAGGCCACCAGGGGGCCGUCACUGCCGACUCAGCACCAGGGGGCAGCGCUCCAAGAGGCCACCAGGGGGCAGGGUGAGGCCGUCACUGCCGACUCAGCACCAGGGGGCAGCGCUCCAAGAGGCCACCAGGGGGCAGGGUGAGGCCGUCACUGCCGACUCAGCACCAGGGGGCAGCACUCCAAGAGACCACCAGGGGGCAGCGCUCCAAGAGGCCACCAGGGGUCAGCGCUCCAAGAGGCCACCAGGGGGCAGGAGGGACCAGGAGGUUAACGGGGAGGAGCCUCUAGACCAGGAGGUUAACGGGGAGGAGCCUCUAGACCAGGAGGUUAACGGGGAGGAGCCUCUAGACCAGGAGGUUAACGGGGAGGAGCCUCUAGACCAGGAGGUUAACGGGGAGGAGCCUGUAGACCAGGAGGUUAACAGGGAGGAGCCUCUAGACCAGGAGGUUAACGGGGAGGAGCCUCUAGACUAG